UCCGUGCCUGACAACCCAUAUUCUCACCAUGAAGAUUGCCGUCUUCCUCAUCCUUAUUCUGAACCUCACCAAUGCUCAUGAUUCUUCCGAUCAUGUUCCAGACAAGAACUCUACAACAGCAGUAUACACAGAUUCUUCGGAUCAGUUUCCAGGCAAAAACUACACAAUAACAGUAACCAUAGAUGGUGUCUCAUAUCAGAUUCCAAAACUGAAACCUCUGGAUAAUUGCACACUGCAAGCUUAUAUCAAUACUGCACUCUCCAUAUUAAAGGCUGAGGAAGAUUACAGGAAUUGCCCUGAAAGUGAGAGAGCAACAAGAGAAAAAUGUGUAGCUGACCAGUCCUACAGCUUGCUGAAAAUAAUAGCCUUUGAAUUGGGAUGUGAGUUUAAGACUCUAUUAAAAUUACUGGGAUAUACAGAUGAACGUGUUGAAUUAGUCGAGACUGAAGACUAUGACCAAUUAUUAGAAAAAAAAUCUGUCGGCGAUAUAGUUGGAGAUGUUAUGCGCUGUUUGGAAGGACUUUCAGCAAGAAGUCAAAUUCUUCUUAAGGAUCAACUGGAGGCAACAAACAAUCAUGUGUUACUUGUUAAAAAUAUGACUUCUCACAGUUGUAUACAUGAUUCACUUGAGGAUGAAAGAAAAGUAUUAUCUGCUAUACUUUUCGGAAGCAAGGCUCAAUUUGAGGCAUUUUUAUCACUCUUGAAAGAUGUUGGCGAUGCCAUAGCUGGUAUAUAAAAGUGUAUAAUCAGGUAUUGUGCGUCGGUGAAUCCCAGACGCAGGGCAGGAACACGGGUGGAUCAUGCCAGUGACUCUGUAUCUCUGUCACAUUAAUCAUCAUCAUUUCUUCUAAUGAAUUAUGUGAUGUAGAGGAAUUAGAUCUUCUGAUUUGAUGGUGUGAUU